CUUUUCUUGCUCAUCCUUCUUCUUUCUUCUUCUUAUUCUUUCUCUCUUUCUUCUCCCUUCUUCUUCCUCUCCAAAUCUGGGUUUUCCUCAAACCCAGAUCUGGGUUCUCAAACCAACCCAGUCUCUAUUCCAAAACUCAUUGUUGAUCCCACGAAUCUCUUUUUCCUAGAGGAAUUGGUUUCUGCAAUUCUUCCAACCAAAAAAGAAAGGCACCUGCAUGAGUUUCUCUUCUUCAGGGAGACCAAGAAUGAAUAGAAACUCUCUCUCUUCUCCCUUUUUCUUCCUCUCCAAAUCUGGAUUUUUCUCAAACCCAAAUCUGGGUUCUCAAACCAAACUUGCUAGCCCCGAUGGUACCACACAACACACCAACUCCUUAUCUAAUCGUGGUUCAUCUCACUCCUUCACCACCAGAAUCCUCCCAAGUGACAAGAUGUGUCUAGAAACUCCUUCAUUUCCCACCAAAACUAGUUGUUUUUUCAAAUUCUAGGUUUUUGGAAUUUUUGCUUGCUUGUUUGUUUUCCCCUUUUCUUUCGACUCAUACUUCCCAAAUGUGAACCCAGCGAGUUCUGCGCUUCUAGUCAAGCUUAAGGUAGCCAUGAUUGCUGAUGGUUCAUGGUAUUCGUAACCGACAAGAGAACCCAGAUAUGAAGAGGAAGGAGAAAUGGGAUUUCUCAAGAUUGUACAAAAGAAAGUUCGAACAUUUCUGGAUGAAGCUUUAGAUUUGGGUUUGCGAGGACCCAUGAUUGCUCAAGAAGUCAAUGAGCAAUUCUGGAGCCUUAUGGGUUUCAAAUUGAACCCUUUUGGAAAGCAAAAAAGCAGAUUGGGGAGAAAACCCACAUGAAUUCAUGAGAUAGGAGAUCCUAAAUGAGUGUUUAUCUGUUGCAUAAUCUGAUCGAAAAUGGUGUUUGCAGGUGGGUUUGAAGAAAUCUGGGGCUAUUCAAGAUUGCGAGGGAUUUAGGAAAGUCUCUGAGGAACAACAUUAGUGUUUAGCAAUGAGAAGAGACAUCUUCAAUCAUGAGUAGGUCAACCUAGAAGAAAGAGGAAGGAUGAGU